AACCUGUCUACGUCCCCUUCCUGGUCGUCGGUUCUAUCUUCAUUGCCUUCAUCAUCCUGGGCUCCUUAGUGGCUAUUUAUUGCUGCACCUGUCUGCGACCCAAGGAGCCCUCGCAGCAGCCAAUCCGCUUCUCGCUCCGCAGCUAUCAGACGGAGACUCUGCCCAUGAUCCUGACCUCCACGAGCCUCAGGGCUCCCUCCAGGCAGUCCAGUUCGGCCACCAGCUCCAGCUCCACCGGCGGCUCCAUCCGCAGGUUCUCCUUCGCCAGGGCUGAGCCAGGCUGCCUGGUGCCCUCACCGCCCCCGCCUUACACCUCAGGUCACCCAGUCCACCUGACCCAGCCCUCCGGUUUCCUGGUGUCACCCCAGUAUUUCGCUUACCCCCUCCAACAGGAGCCCCCGCUGCCGGGGAAGAGCUGUCCGGACUUCAGUUCCAGCUGACAGGCCCUGGUCACAAACCCACCACGGCAGAACCAUGCCUGGCAGGAUCCUGGUGGCAUUGGCACUGCAUUUUUAGGGAACACUCCCUUGGGACUGGCCCAGCAUCUGGGAGAAAAAUUCUAGGAAAACGCCUGCUUUCUAGUCUGAGGUUCGUGGUGCAACUUACAGAAUGGCUAUGUGGAAACAUCGCUUCUGGCUUUGCAAAUAUGGCAACCAUCAUGCUCAGCGUAGGUGGCAGCUGGACAAACUGGCCGAAAACCUUUUACUGGACAAUUCAGCUACACUGCUUAGAAAAGAGUUACGGGUUCCUUUUUCAUACCAGUUGUUUCUUUAGUUAUAAUACAAAUGUAUACACCCAUAAGCCGAGAAGAAGACCUAAUUGUACUUAACUGAAGGUUCACUUAAAAAUUAACUACGCAGUAAACUCCAGAGGGUAGUGAACAAACGUAAUUUGGGGGAAUAAGCUAACCCUGAAGAAGAGUAGUAGGGUGAGAACGUUUAAUUUUUAAAUGAAUAACUAAAUUGUGUUGAAACUGUGAGUUUCGUUUGUUUUCCCAGAAUGGAAGGUUUGCAUGAACGCAUCAGGAGUUGAAUGUUAAGAUAG